AUGACAGGAAUGAAGGGAAGGUUCUUGAAGAAACUGAAGUUGAUUUCGACAAUAAGCACUCUUAAGCGCGGCUUAGUCGCUCAGCUAAACCAUGCCGGGAAACUAUCUGAUGAGAAUGGUCGCUACCCGCCGCCGAUUCACCAUGGACACCAGGGGGGUGAAGUUGACAAACCUGUCGUGCAGAAUCGCAUUGCCGAUCUCAAGAAUGGCCAGGAGGAGGUCUUAUCCUCCCUGGGAUCGGCAGCAACGACUCCCGCGACAGAUGACUUGGAGGAGGAGAUCUUCUCAGAUGCAGAAGGCGACAUGGAAUUCCCAUUUCCAGCACUAGAUGUCACAACCGAUUACGAAACCUGUGGUCUUCGGGCUGAUUCCUUAGAGGGCAUAGCGAAAGCCCAGCUCGGGAUAGAGGACGCUAGGGACUACAAGGAGCACUGUCACCCAUCUCUCUGGGACUUUCAGGAGAAGUGCCCGCCAGGAGGAAGAGAUUCGGUUGUUUUCUACACAACAAGCCUGACGGGAAUACGGAGGACGUUCGAGGACUGCAAUGCUGUCCGGUUCUUACUGAGGAGUUUUAAAAUCAACUUUCACGAGAGGGAUGUGUCGUUGCACCUGCAAUUCCGGGAGGAGCUGCGGAAGAUCCUUGGCCAGGGAGUGAUCCCUCCGAAGCUGUUUGUAAGAGGAAGGUACAUCGGAGGAGCCGACGAAGUCCUCACGCUGCAUGAGCAAGGGAGCUUGAGGAAGCUUUUCGAAGGGAUUCCGCUUGACCUCUCAAAGAACACAUGCGUUCAAUGUGCCAAUGUAAGAUUCGUGAUAUGUUUGGCUUGCCAUGGAAGCUGCAGGGUGGUUAGGGACAAGGAGGACGAACCGUGGAUUCGAUGCCCUGAGUGCAACGAAAAUGGCCUGAUUAGGUGCCCCGCAUGUAGCUGA